AUGACCGAGAGUGAGUGGGGGUCUGAUUGUUUUUCUUGGUCAUUCCCAACACUUUCUUUUUUUUUGUUCUUUGCAGGAGUGUGUAAGACCGAGGAGGACGAAGGACCGAGCACCGAGGAGGACUCGCAGCCUGUCCGCGGGGUCGGCGUGUGUAAAUGGUUCAACGUCCGCAUGGGCUUCGGGUUCCUAUCCAUGACCAGCCGAGAGGGAGUGCCACUGGACGAACCGGUUGAUGUGUUUGUCCAUCAGAGCAAGUUGCACAUGGAAGGCUUCCGCAGCCUGAAGGAAGGCGAGGCGGUCGAGUUUACCUUCAAGAAGUCAUCAAAGGGCCUGGAGUCACAGCAGGUGUCUGGACCAGGUGGCAUCCACUGUGUGGGCAGUGAACGGAGACCCAAAGGCAAGAAGGUCCAGAAGCGACGUUCAAAGGGAGAUCGGUGCUACAACUGUGGAGGCCUGGACCACCAUGCCAAAGAGUGCAAGUUACCACCACAGCCCAAAAAGUGCCAUUUCUGCCAGAGCAUCGACCACAUGGUUGCCAACUGCCCAUUAAAAGCACAACAGUCCUCGCCAGGUUCUCAGGGAAAACCAUCACCUUCAAAAGAAGAUGAGGAGGAGCAGAGCCACAUGGUAACGGCUCCUGAGACCUCUGAUUAAAUGAGAAGUCGGGCAUCAUCAAAACCGGGGAAGCACAGAGGCCAAUCAAACUACUUUGAUGGUAGAGAUGGGACACAAGACCCCAGUUCAUCUGUCGAGGCUGCUUUUGGAACUACCUCAGGUUAAAAAAAAAAAAUGCUGAUGAAGAAUGUUGCUGAAGUUUUUUUUUAUUGUUUUCAUUUGGUGUUACACUCAGGAAUACUGCUGUAUUAUUGCACUCAGGACGCUUUCUAAAUGUUCGAAUCACUGCUGUGUUUUUGAGGGGAUUGAGAUUGUAGUUACAUACAACGGAUUAUGUUGAUUAGUUUUUCUAGAACCUGAUUUGUCUUUUUAUGAGCCACUUUGUCUCUCCUAUGGGCAUUAUACCUCUUCUGUUUUUGCAGAAUACUUGGUCAGUUUGCAAAGUAUAGAGCGAAACUUUUGCUGCCUUACCAUAUAGUCUUAUAUCACACUGUUACACCUCACCUUCUGUUAAGGCAGAGUGUAACAGUUAAUACCUCUUAAAUGAAUGUUAUGGUGUGUAUUGUAUGUGGAAUGGGAGGGCUUGCAAAAACAAAUGGGAUGUGUUUUAGGGUAUAAAUGCAGGCUAUUGUCAUCUGCCCACAUGGCAAUUGACCAUCCAGUAAUCCUUGGGCCAAGUGAAUGUCAGACCAGAAUUGGUUUUAGCUUUUGGUCAGUUAUUUUUCUUUGAAACAAUACUUUUAACCAGCAUCUUGCUGGCUGUCUAAAAGUGCAGUCUACAUCAUUGGUGCAUGUUUACUCUACUACUUAAACCUCCAUUUCUACUGAUGAUGGUAAACCAGAUACUCUCAAAUUACAGUUUUAGAGGUCGGGAUUUAUUUUGAGAUAAAAUCACAUUAUUUUUUCAUUACAGUUUUAACAUAGCCUUGCCACUAAAACAUUGGUGUGGUCAGAGGUUAGAAUCUCUUGAACCUAUUAUGACAUCAAGUAUGGAUGUGAUCUGGUACCUUCUGCAAAACUCUAGUAUGUAAUGUACUGUGGUAUAAUUGGACCACACUACAUCACAUACUCGGUAUGUCAGAAAAUAUGCUGUAGGUACCAUUUGACCAGGUAAAGCAAGAUUGUAUAACUCACAUCUACUAACAUGAUCAAGCUUGCGCUGUUGCAGAUGUGUUUGGCCCAUUAUCUAUCAGACAUAUUCUUACCAGAUUUAGGAUCAGGUCAACGUUCGAAAUGGUUUAGUAUUUAGCUUCAAAGAGAAAUGUUUUGUAAACCAAGAUGGCUGCUCCUUAAGUGGAAUGUUCUAGAUUUGUGGAUCAAUAUAAGGCAAACUGGGCAAAUGAAAAGUGAUGG